CCGCCUCCCCCCUCCCGCUACCUCCUCUCCCUUCUUCUCCUCCAUUCUUGCCCAUCCAGACAAACGAAGAGCAACUGCCGGCAUCUCCCCCCCCCCCUCUACACUCAUAGCCGAUCCCUUUUGGUGCUCUCUCCCAUCCCCCGCGCGCAUUAGCUCCUGCCAAGAUGCCUCCCCGGAAGGUUGCUCCCCCGGCGAAGCGGUCUGCCCCGGGCAAGCCCCAGGCGAAGCAGCAGCCGAAGAAGCCGGCUGGCGCCAAGCGCCCCGCUGGUGGUGACGCUUCGGCUUCCGACGCUCCGGCCAAGCGCCCCAAGCAUGCUGGCGUCAAGCGCAGCGAGCGUUACUCCAAGACGCCGGCCGUGCCCGAGCAGGAGCUUGACCCGGAGGUUUUGGCCGAGGGCAUCGCCGCGCUGGACGAGUAUGCCGGCUCCUCAUUGAGCUUCCUUGAGAACCUGGAUUUUGACAAGAAGGUUGAGCAGGGCAAGAUGAUUCGCCCGGAGCGCCGCAAGAUGGACAACGUCGUGCCCGACGACGCGGCUGUCUUCUCGGAUCUCACCAUGAGUGAAUUGUCCGAUUUCGAUCUCGAUGCCAUGCCCUCCGAUGACGACAUCGACCUGAGCGAUGUCGGUGAUGGUCAUGAUGAUGAUGAUGGUGAGGCCGGUGCUUCGGCCAGUGUCGAGGCGCCGGUCAUCUCGGAUGCGACUCUCAUCUCCGGCUUCGGCGAUCUGGCCGAGGGAUCCGGCGGUGAUGAUGAUGAUGAUGAUGCUGGCAGCGACGAUGACAUGGACGAUGACAUGGAUGAUGACACGGACGAUGAUGACGAUGACAGCCGGGCUGUCCAUCGUCCUCGUUCGUGGGAAAGCAGGCCGCAGGCUGCUCAGGCAGGCCGCCUGCCGGUCAAGGCGGCCGAUGGGUCCAUCAUGGUGCCGACCGAGAAGCUGGAAGUGGUUGCCCCCUCGGCCGAUGAGCCGCGCCACAUCUCCAAGCGUCUGGAGAAGCGCCAGCUCAAGGAGCGCGAGAAGGAGCGCAUUGCUCAGGAGAAGCUGGCCAAACGCCAAGCCGAGGCCCAGGCCAAGACCUUUGUCCUGACCACCGAGGAGCGGUCCAAGAUCCUGGACGCCGGUGGGGUGAAUCGCCUGGUCGUGGCCCAGCGCGAGUGCCUGGCCACGCUGGCCAUGCGCAUCACCGAGCUCCCGGAGGAGCAUAUUGGCCUACUGGCGCAGGUCAAGCAGAUCUGCACCGAUGCCGAGCCGCGCGUGCGCAUGCUCGGCCUGGCCACCAUGGCUGCUCUCUUCCGGGACCUGAUUCCCGGGUAUCGGGUCCUGCUGCAGGAUAUCGACCCGAAGGAGCUCUCCAAGGACGUGCGGAAGCUGCACAUGUAUGAGAGCACCCUGCUGAAGCACUACCAGCAAUUCCUGGCCCAGUGCGAGGCGGAGAUCUCCGCUGCUCGGCGUCUGCAGCGGCGCUUUGCCCGCCGUGCUGGCAAUGAGCCGGAGGGCGACGCCUCGGCCGGCGGGGCCCCGCUCACCGCUCGCGACGUCGAGGACAUGAAGCAGCUGUCGAUCGUGGCCUUCCGCUGUAUGGCCGAGCUCCUGGUGGCCAAGCCCCAUUUCAACUUCCGCAACAACUUGGUCAUUGCGAUCGUCAACCGCCUGGGCACUGCUCAUCCUCCCGAGAUUGGUAUCGAGGCCGAGCGAAGCCUAUUGGAGGUCCUGAAGACCGAUGAGCUCGGCGAUGUGGCGCUCGAUGUCACGCGUGCUGUGACCAAACUGGUGCGCGCGCGCACCGGCGCCGCCGGUGGCGUGCCCGUCCCGGCGGUCCGUCUGCUCAUGUCUCUGCGCUUGCUGAAGGAGCUGAAGCCGGAGGAUCUGGUGGAGGCAGCCAAGCCCAAGACCCAGUCUGGCCCCGGUGGCAAGAAGGGAAAGAAGGCUGCUCCGCAUGUGUCUCGCCAGCAGCGCAAGCUCAAGAAGCUGGAGAAGGAGAUCGAUCGUGACCUGCGCGAGUCUGAGGCCACCUACCGCCGAGAGGAGCGCAUUCGUCUGCAGACCGACACCCUGAGUAUGGUGAUCCAGAUUUAUUUCCGUCUGAUCAAGCAGGCCGCCGCGUCGGGGUCCAGCGUGGCUGGCCCGGUGGGCCGUGUCCUGCCUACCGUGCUGGAGGGCCUUAGCGCAUAUGCGCACCUGAUCAACAUUGACUUCUUCCAGGAUCUGCUGGUUGCCCUUCGCUCCGUGGCGCUGGCCUCGCUGCCGGCCGCCACGUCGACCGUCGCCGGGACCGGGGUCUCGGCCAACUCCACGAUCAGCCCGCGCAAUGCCCUUCACUGCGUGCUGGCGGCUUUCCGCCUGGUGUCCAACCACGGCCUGGAGGCCUUGAACUUGGAUCUGAAGGACUUCUACAGUGUGCUCUUCCGCCUGCUGCCGCUGCUUCCCUUCACCGCCGGCGGGCUGUCCUACACCGGCGAAUCGACCCAGGAUGACAGUGUCCUCCUGGCGGUGGAGGCCAUUGAUGCCAUGCUGCACAAGGCCAAGAACGUUUCCCAAGAGCGCAUCGCCGCCUUCAUCAAGCGUCUCUUCCAUGUGGCUUCGCAGAUGCCCUCCUCCAACAAGUCCCUGUUGCUGGUGGCCUCGGCGCACAGCCUCCUCCGGCGCUGGCCGCGCACUCGGGCUCUGCUGGAUACGGAGCAGUCGAAUGCCGCGUCGGCCGGUGUGUAUCGCGCAGAUGCCGAUGACCCCGACCUUUCGGCCCCCUUCUCCUCCCCCCUGUGGGACCUGGCCAUCAUGCAGCAGAACUUCCAUCCGACUGUGGCCACCUUGGCCAGUCGUAUUGCCGGGGAUCUGCCCGGGCUGUCUGGCUCGCCGGCCGAACUCCUGGCCAAGUAUGACGCCACCGGCGGUCGGACGGUCUUCCCUGCCUGGACCCCGCCGGCCAACCACCCGCUGGCCCGUGCUCAGGAGAAGUCCGCCGGCAAGGCUCUCUUUGUGCGCUCGGCUGCCGGGCCCCCCUCGACCUUCCUGCGUGGGAUCCAGUCCAGUCACGCCGAUCGGCUAGACUUCUUCGAUACCGCCGAGGCCCUGCCGAAGUCGGUCACUGGAGCCAUGUCGCGGCACUUCAUUGCCACCAUUUCCCAGCUGAUGGGCGGUGAGGAGGAUGAUGAUGAUGAUGACGACGAGGAGGAGGGCUCCUCUUCUGGCGAGGAGGAGGAGGAGCAGGACAGCGAUGUCGGGCCGGACAGCGAGGAUGACGACGCCUCGGCCGGCGAGGAGUCCGAGUACUCGGACAGUGACUCGGAGGAGCACUUCCGUGCUGAGUGCUGAUGGCCCGUGCAUGUGUGCGCAUUUUUUAUAUAGCUGCACGCACAUCCGUGUGCAUACGAGUUUGCCCUUCUCCUCCUGGCCCAUCUGCCUCCCCGCCCCUUUGAUCGUCCAAUGCCAGAGCCACAAGAACACGACCAACAGUGAGACCGAGGGGGGAGCCUUUUUUGUACAUGUAUCCUUGCCUCCCCCUUUCUCCGUCCCCUUGGGGGCGACUGGCACACGCCCUCGCCCACGCUCACACCCACGCCGACCACAUGCCUGUCGCGCUGCCUGUGUCCUGUCGCCCGAAUAGAAUGAAAUCGGACCCC